UGAUUUUCUGUGCUUGUAUGAACAAUACUCCGCGAGACCGUGGCGUGAACGAUGUACACGCUUGCGGACUUAUUAUUAUUAUUUUUUUAACUCUUUGGUUACUGACUCAUUGUGGAUAUUGAGCCAAAACUACCGGAUACGGUGAUUGACAGAGCCGAAAGCCUUGGCCAGGUCAAUGAAGACGGCUGCACAGUACUGUCUUUAAUCAAUGGCGGUUAUGAUAUCUCUGGAGAGACCUGAAAAUAGAUGUCCAGCGAAGUUCCCCAUCCAACCUUAGAGCUUGAGAGGAUCUGCAGAAAAGAAUGGGAAACUCCCCAAAUACAGGACUGUGAUAUGGACUUGUGAGGAAUGAGAUGGCAAAACCUUAUGGAUGUCUUGUUGCAUUACAAAAGCAUUGAUGGCAGCUUGAAAAUCUUAGUGGACAAAACAGAAAAGGCCUUGGAGGACUUCCCCUGUCGUGUUUUGCCUAUAUUUACACCAUGGUUCCCACCUGAAAGUGACAAAUUGCUGCCAAUUAGACCCUUAAAGUCACCGCCGAUAAUUUCUCUGGAAGAUUUGGAAAAUAUCCAAACACAUCUGCAGUCUGCUGAGCCAUUACUAACAUCCCAUCCCUGUGCUGAAAGCAUUCAGAACUUGGCUCUAACCAGUUUGGGGAGUUCCACCUUGCAUGUACAGGCAUGCUCUGAGAUUGGAACAUCAGCACAGCAUAAAGAUACUCUCCAUAGUGAGAGGGAAGUGAAAAGAUCAUGGAGUGUUUUUUCACAGAGAGGUUUAUACAUUCACAACACUCAAACAUUCUCCAAACAAUUCCACAAGGUUGUUUGGAGGCACGGACUUCACAUGCGCCAGAGAGCAAAAUGGGUUAUUGACAAACUGAACUUUGUCACUGGAGACAUAGAACAUACAUGGAGAGGACUGAACCGGGCCAUCAGGAACUCCAUGCUUCCAACUUGCAAUGCCAACAUUCAGAGGGAUCUGACACAAAUCUGUGUGUUCUGCGAUGUAUUAUACUGUGAAUAUGUUGGAAAUUAUUUAAAGGAAGAAUUUCAAGUCACUGGACAGAUCACUUUAUUUGUUCAUAGACUUGGAGACAUUUUCACUUUAUAGAAAUUAGUGAUUGUCAGAAUUUGAUCCGUGUGUCACUGCCAUCUAUUUUGUUAACUGUAGUAGGUAGGUUUCCAUUGACUCAGGUGUAUUCGAUUUUAAAGCAAUGUCGCAAAAAAAAUUCUGAGACGUGUGUAAUUGAAACAGCAGAUAGGAGACAUUUUUUAAAGAUCAACAACAUUUUUCUCCAUUUGACAGGGGUGGAUUAUUCUUCUGUCAAACUUUUGAUAUUGCGGAAAAUGAUGCUGGAAACUUUUUCGAAUAAAUUAGGAUUGCCAAAUCAUUUGGAAGGUAUGCAGAGAACUUGAUGCAGAGAACACCACAUAACUAUAAAGCUCCACUCCUCAAUUGAAUUCUAAAUGCCUACAUCUUGCAAAAUAAACAUAAUUCAACUAUAAAAA